CGGAGAGCAUAUAAUCGAAUGGUUCAAUUAUGGGCUUCAGACAUAUAUUCAUAACUUACCUGGAAAAUUCAUCAUUGCAUGGGGCGAGAUUUACAGUCGAAAAGGAGAAUCAUUUCACUGAAAAAUUGUUCUGGGUGGUUUGCAUUACAUUGGCUUGGAUAGCGAGUGGUUUUCUGAUUAUGUCGGCGUGGGAUGCAUUUCAGCACAAUGCGAUUCAGUUUGUCGUUGAAACAUCGUACCGAGACUGGGACACAGAUUUUCCGGCCAUUGCCAUUUGUGAAUCAAAGAACAUGGACAGAGUGUCCAAAGUCUCUGAACAGCUUUGGGGAUCCGAUCACGAUUUCACGUUGGAGGAAGUACUCAGCGAAAUUGCCUAUUUUCGCGGUGAAUCAUAUCACACCGUGCAUGAAUGCUAUGCGGACGAUGAAGGGGUGGACAAUUGCUUGCAAACGAAUUUUUCGUAUUAUGCCAGUUUGGUGAGGAGCAGCUGCAAGGAAACGCUAGAUUUGUGCUGGUGGAAUGACAUUCAGUUUGAUUGUUGUGAGUAUUUCCAUCCCAUGGAAACUGAAUUGGGUCUCUGCUAUGCGAUUAAUUCGAAUCAAGUGAGAACACCAAAGGCACCCCGGUUUCCGAUGAGGUCAAAUAAGUACACAGGACCUGGAUCCAUUAAAAUUCAAAUAUUAAUUGAAGCAAACGUCUACGUAAUUGGUGAAGAAGACGUCCCGAAUCUGGUGACCUCUAAGUCAGAUAUUCUCGCCGUUGGUCCGUACAUCUCCUAUUUACGAAAAAUCUCUGUCAGGAACAUUGAAAACGAUCCACUUACUAGAUCAGUAAGUGUGGAGCAGAGAAACUGUCGGUUUCAUGAUGAGCACAGUCUAGAUGUUCACACUCAUUACAGUUACAGCGCAUGUUCUGUACAAUGCCGAAAAGAUAAACAAUUGGAACUGUGCGAUUGUGUCAGUCAUUUGAUGCCGAACACUGACCCUCGCGUAUACUGUAACAUGAGUGGACUAAUUUGUUUGAAUGAAAAUUACGAGGAACUAUCCGUGGUCAUUCCAAAAUGGUCGAAGAGUCGCAAAGGUGUAAUUUGUGAUUGCAUGCCAUCCUGUACGGAAAUCGAUGUUUCAUUGGUGCAUGACUCAAGGAAUAACAUUAUGGAGCAUCAAAGGCCUAUGUCACUAGUUGAAAUUGGAUUGAUUAAUCUGCCAACUGAGAAGUACAAGAGAAAUGUGGUUCGUGGCAAGCUCGACCUAGUCGUCUCAUUCGGUGGAUCAGCAUCGCUUUUCCUCGGUUGCAGCUUAUUGAGUUUCGUCGAGGUCGUUUAUUAUUUCUUUAUACGACCAUACGGAUUACCUGCAGACGACAUCGAUAAUAAUACCGAAAAUAAAUCAGAAUCGACUGGAAAGGCGUAAUAAAUUGCAGUGUCAACAAUAUUACAUGCACAUUGCACUGCACAUGCUUUUCUCGUUAUGAGAGGAUUUGAUAUUUUUGU